AUGUCCAAGCCGGUGGAUCACGUCAAGAGACCGAUGAACGCCUUCAUGGUGUGGUCGCGAGCGCAGCGACGGAAGAUGGCCCAGGAGAACCCCAAGAUGCACAACUCGGAGAUCAGCAAGCGCCUGGGCGCCGAGUGGAAGCUGCUGACUGAGUCGGAGAAGCGGCCCUUCAUCGACGAGGCCAAGCGGCUGCGGGCCAUGCACAUGAAGGAGCACCCCGACUACAAGUACCGGCCUCGGCGGAAGCCCAAGACGCUGCUCAAGAAGGACAAGUUCGCUUUCCCCGUGCCCUACGGGCUGGGCGGCGUGGCGGACCACGAGCACCCGCACGGGCUGAAGGCGGGCGGGUUGCAUGCCGGCGCGGCAGGCGGGCUGGUGCCCGAGUCGCUCCUGGCCAACCCCGAGAAGGCGGCAGCUGCCGCCGCCGCUGCUGCCGCCCGUGUCUUCUUCCCCCAGUCGGCCGCCGCCGCUGCCGCCGCCGCCGCCGCGGCCGCCGCCAGCAGCCCCUACUCCCUGCUGGACUUGGGCUCCAAAAUGGCCGAGAUCUCAUCCUCCUCAUCUUCCUCGGGCUCCGGGUUGCCCUACGCCUCCUCGUUGGGCUACCCCGGCGCCGGCGGGGCGGGCGCCUUCCAUGGGGCCGCCGCUGCCGCCGCCGCCGCUGCCGCCGCCGCCGGGGGGCACACGCACUCGCACCCGUCGCCCGGUAACCCGGGCUACAUGAUCCCCUGCAACUGCAGCGCCUGGCCCGGCCCGGGGCUGCAGCCGCCGCUGGCCUACAUCCUCCUGCCGGGCAUGGGCAAGCCCCAGCUGGACCCUUAUCCCGCAGCCUACGCCGCGGCACUAUGACCCGCGGCCGGAGGAUGCCCGCGCAGAGCUCCGGUGCCCGCCUGGGUGGCUGCCGGCGCAUACGUGCGGACGGGGAGCGGGGCGAGCCGCCGCCGGGGCCGCGGAGGGUGACCGGGGCAGGCGAUGGGCGAGCGCCGGGGCCGUGGCCGACCUGUUGCGCGUCCCCCGCCUGCUGCCCCGGGUAGAGCUUGUGUGUGUUGCAUGCGGUCUGUGCACAUAGCCCAGCUGAAACAGAAGAAGGAAAAAAAGAGGAAAGGGAAAAAAAAAAAAAAAAGGAAAAAAAAAAAAGAAAACAACCUAUCCGUCCUACCCCCUAAAGUGUGUGUUCGGGACAGACGCGGGGGCUAGCGCCCGUCCGCCGGCUCCGGCUUUCCCCUCCCUGGCUCACUCAGAACAGUCCCUCUGGAGCACCCCCGCCACCGAGAGGAGAGACGGGGGUGGCUGGGGGUACUGAGGCCCCGGCUCGGCACGGCAGAGCCAGUGCGGCCCCGGGAAAGGACGGGGUGGCUCUGUCCUUGGUUCGUAGCCCCUCGUGGGAUCCACGCAAAGAAGGAUGUUGGCGGUGUGGUAUGCAGCCCGUCCCGCUCCGUGCCCUGUCCCGCGUGGGUUUCUGCCCUUCGCUGCUACGGGAUGCUGAGAAGCGCGGGUCAUGAUUUCCAUAGGAUAAGACGCGUGACUCGGACCCCGUGUGUCUCCCCCCUCCCCUAAUUAAGUCUCGUCCUCAGACUGUAAAUUUGUAUAUCUCUGUGGAAAUGUUAGGUCUCGGAUGGAAAACUCUGUUAGUUACGUCGCCCACGGUCGAUUCAGUUUUAACCUGAAAAAAAAAAGAAAAAAGAAAAGGAAUGCCUUUCAAAGGGAAUAAAAAUAUUGCAAGACUGCUUAAGGAUUGCAAUAUUAUCUAAGGUUAAAUCAGACUUUUUUGUCUGAGUGAUAAUUAUCUAUUUAUUAUUUAGCUGAACUGAAACAGAGCUUUGCUUUGACAGAAGAGUAUUCUCAUUUAAAAGAAAGCCCGUCUCCCACCAACAUGAAGUGUUUCAUAUGUGUUUUGGAGUACUCUACCUGUUUAGCUUAUUUUAGAGCGACUGCAAUUCAAUUGCAAAUGGCGUUAAAAAAAAAAAAGUUUAGAGAAAAAAAUCCUUCAUCAGUUUAGAGUUCUUUUUUUUGGUUUACUUUUGUAAUGUGUAUAUUUUGACUAAUGUUUGUGAAUGAAGCUGGCUAACAUGUAUUUAGUUUCAUUUUGGCUUUAUGUAAUAUAAAGUGAAAAAAAAAUAAUUAAUGGUUUUAACAUUUACGUGUAAAUGGUUUUCUUGUGUGAUCUUCUAAUUUAAAGUUAGACGUCUAAACUAUAUCUGUAAAUUAGAUUCCGACUACCACUCUGUUCAUUUUUGAACAAAGAGUUUAAAUAAAGCCUGAAGCAGGGAAAAGAGAAAAUCCUCUAUUUCUUGUUGAAUUGCUGACAAGAUUUUUAUCUGAAUUGCCCUUACGUGCCUGGUCCAGGUGAGGUGUAAGGUAUCCUCUAAAGGCUGUCUUUGUUUCACUUUUGAAUAGAUUUACUAGGAAAUCUAAAUCAAGCCAUUGUUAUUCAGAGCCAAAAACCUGAUUUAUCACAUUUUUAAUCGUGAAUAGGAAAGAAGAUAAAAAAACCCCUAAGUUGUUUUAUUAUCUAAAAAAAAAAAAAAAAAAAAAAAGCAUUCAUGGGCCAGCUGAGCAGAGUUCAGUGAAUACACUGAGAGCGUUCACAGCAUUUCAUCGGUUUCCAGUAACGUUUUCAGAGUGGAAAGUUGCCUGACCACUUUAUCUGUUUAGCCUAAGAGCUUUGCCAUUUAAACCCAUGUAAUUUGUUCACCUAUCUGAGCAAUAUUACUGCUUUAUACCUGGAGUAUUUUUCGCGGGCCUUCCCAGUUGAUUGCUAACUAAAACUAAACACCCUUCUUUGCCUCUAAACGGCUUUUCCCAUUUGAGUGCCUGAAAAUGGUAUUUUCAAAGGGAAAUCCAGCAAAAGUCUGCAAGGACAUUUGCAUGCAGCAGGAAAUCAGGAGCAGGAUGAAAGAGUCUGUCCUUUCAGCAAGGGAAUUUGGAGCAUCUCACAACGUGAGGCAAUAAAAGGGAGCCAGUCCCCCUCACUGAGGUGGAAACCCCCGUCUCGUUUUAUAUGUGUGUGUGUGUGUGCAUGUAUAUGCAGUAUGUGUGUGUAUGAAGUGCAUAUAUUUUCAUUUUUUUCUCUAAAGUGGUUGAUUGCACUCCUAAUUGUGUCAAUAACAAUAGCUCCUGAGUAAAUGUCUUCCAAAUCAGUCUCCGCCUUGGAAUUACGUUCAAAAAGUGUGAAGUUUGGAAGAUUUGCUGAACAGUCUGUUCGUUUGACCCUGAUCCACUAAUUAAAACGAUCCUGCUUUUGUUAUUCUCCCAACGCUUUGCAAUAUUAUAAGUUAAUUCAUAUGGUUCUGAGCGAUUAUGCAAAACUAAUUUGGACUGUCCAGGGGUAAUUAUCCCUGACACGGUUAAUUAAAUCCUUUCAGAGCUCCGCCAUUCCCUUUUGUAGCAGCCCAUCACUUCUCAACACGGAACUUCCUGCUGCUU